AAAUCUUCUAACCUUACCGUUGCUGACUAAGCUUGUCAAGUUUUUUUGGUGCCCAUAAUAUCACAUGUCUGUUUAUUCAUCACUAUUAUCGUGUAAAUGCAAAAAAUCGGCUUGUCCAUCAUCGCCAUCAUCACUGUCUAAACCUUUGGUUUCUAAAAAAAUAAUAGGGAGAAGAAGCCUUUUUUCUGACCAAAGUGACACGGAUGAAAAUUACAACUUUGUUCUAUUAAUGGACAAAAUUUAAAAAAAAGAACAACAAUAAUCGAAUAAUUGAAGAGUAAAGUUAAUACUUUGAUCUUUAUUGACUGCAUUGACUAUAAUGUUUAGUAAUAAAAAGAGUAGUUUACCACCCAGACCCCAUUUGCUAAACCAUGAACAUAUGAUGGAAGAUCUCGAAAACGCUGUUGUGGACGAUGUAGCAUUUAAAAUUAUAAAUGAUUUAUGUAUAAAAGAAUCUUAUAGUUUAACAAGUAUUAACAACUCUGAUGAUAUAUAUAAAAAAGUGAAAACCUAUUUGAAUACCAAACAGCAGUUAAGACAAUUGGAAUGUACUUUGAGAAGAGAAGGACAGCAAAUGCAAGCAGAUAAUGAGGAAAUAAAAAGGCUUGCAGAUAAUAUUAGAAAGCAGGCACAAGCUGCUCUGAUAACAUUAGAGAUAUAGAAAAACUAAUUAAUAUUAAAUUUUUUU